GUGACAAAUCCAAAGACCACUCACGUCGUCCGUUUUCCGAGGGUGUGUUAAAAAACGGGGGUCUCUCUCCUCUCACAGCAAAUCCGCUUCCCAUAGAUUUUUCUUCCUUUUGAUUUUUUCAGUUUUCGCUUCUUCGUCAGGUGAAAACAAAGAGAAGAACCAAAAAAAAAAAAAAACUUAAAACGUUUCGAUCCGCGUCAAGCGAUCUCCGCCAUGUCGAUGAUGACAACUGUGAAAGUGAGCAAUGUUUCUCUAGGAGCAACCGAUCGUGACCUCAAGGAGUUCUUUUCCUUCUCUGGCGACAUUCUCUACCUCGAGACCCAAAGCGAGACAGAACGGUCCAAAUUGGCAUAUGUCACUUUCAAGGAUCUACAAGGAGCUGAAACUGCUGUUCUUCUCUCGGGAGCAACGAUUGUUGAUUCUUCAGUCAUUGUCACUAUGGCUCCGGACUACCAACUAUCUCCUGAGGCUUUAGCUUCCUUGGAGCCCAAGGAAAUUAGCAAGUCUCCCCGGGCAGGUGACUCCGUCUUGAGAAAAGCCGAAGAUGUUGUGAGCAGCAUGCUCGCAAAGGGCUUCAUUCUAGGAAAAGACGCAAUCGCAAAAGCCAAGAGCGUCGACGAGAAACACCAGCUUACAUCCACUGCAUCAGCCAAAGUCGCAUCGCUCGACAAGAAACUCGGUUUCACCGACAAGAUCAACACCGGAACAGUCGUGGUGGGCGAUAAAGUCAGGGAAGUUGAUCACAAGUACCAAGUCUCUGAGAAGACCAAAUCAGCGAUCGCUGCAGCUGAGCAGACUGUGAGCAAUGCGGGUUCGGCUAUAAUGAAGAACCGGUACGUUCUCACGGGCGCCACGUGGGUCACCGGUGCUUUCAACAAAGUGGCUAAAGCUGCGGAAGAAGUUGGACAGAAGGCGAAGGAGAAAGUUGGUAUGGCUGAGGAAGAAGACAAGAGGAAAGUGGUUGAUGAGUUUGCUAGAGUUCACUUGUCUGAAUCACCAAAGGCGCCAUCAUCUAAGGAAGAUGACGUACAUGAACCAAAACGCUCUGAAUCUCCUGAACCAAAAGAAUCUGAACAUCAAGAGCCCCAGCAGCAACAACAAUCUUCUCAGCCUGUUGGUCCGGCUCAACCUUGAGAUAUGCAGUUAAGUAAAGACUAAAGACUUUCUGAUUCUUGUUGUAAACGGUAAUACUUUGAACGAAUCUCUCCUGGAAUUUCUGAAAAAUGAAUAUCGAACUUUUCAUUUAGUACCAAGACUUGUGUUCUUGUAACAUUGGAUUCAUGGUCGGUUUGGUAGUUAUGACUGGCAUAGAAAAGUCAAUUUUA